AUGGCUGGCCUUUUCAAACGUCUCUACGACUGGCUUCUCAGCCUCUUCUGGGCGACUGAGAUGGAUGUUACAAUGAUCGGCCUCCAGAACGCCGGUAAGACAUCUCUCUUGAGAGUCCUAGCAGGCGGAGAGUUCACAAUCGACUCGAUACCUACAGUCGGUUUCAACAUGAAGAAAGUUACUAAGGGCCAUGUGACUCUAAAGUGUUGGGAUCUGGGAGGCCAGCCGAGGUUCCGUUCAAUGUGGGAACGUUAUUGUCGAGGCGUCAACGCUAUGGUAUUCAUCGUCGACUCGGCCGACAAGGAAGCCCUGCCUGUGGCACGAGAAGAGCUCCAUGUGCUGCUAGAGAAGCCUGCCUUGGAGGGUAUCCCGUUGUUGGUCCUGGGCAACAAGUCUGAUCUUCCUGAUCAUCUUUCGGUCGAUGAGCUCAUUGAAGAACUAAAUCUCAAAGCUGUGACCCACCGCGAGGUGAGUUGUUAUGGCAUUAGCGCCAAGGAGGAAACCAACCUGGAUGCUGUGCUGCAGUGGUUGAUCGCUCGGGCGAGCAAAUAA